ACAGUAAACCAUCGUUAGAGUAAACCGAUUAUUAUUAUUCUUCCCCCUAACACGUACACUGAUAACGUGCUAAAAAUAAAUUUUGUGACAGCUACUAGUGUUUACGAUAAAAUAAUAAAGAAACUUAGCAAAUCUGGAUGAAAUCGGGGAGAAAAUGAUCGCCGCUUCCGAUCCGCUGGAAUAUGUCCCAGGAGGACGACAGACGAUCUUGCGGCAUCCAGGUUCUGUCGUUGCCCAGCAAUUGGCCAACAAUCAAACUGCGCCAGGAGAGAGUUUCAUUUUACAGAGGCUCAGUCAAGUGAAUAUAUCAGAAAAAACGCCUCAAGAAUUCUGGUCUGUUAGACAAAACAAAACUUACGGCGAAGAGGAAUUGUACUGCUCAGGAAAAAUUGCCGUUCACUCUAAAGGCAGUGGGUCUACGAGGUCGCUUCAAACUUCAUACUCGUGUGACAGUGACAUAAAGCAUGCUCUCUGGUGUGUGUUUCACUCGACUACGCCAGAAAAUGUUAAACCUAAUCAACCUGACUUUAAUGAGCCUAGCGGGAGCCCCAUUGAGUGUAUUUGUCUCCUGGAUUCAUAUAACCUGAAGGUUUUCACUGAAACUGGAGAAGACUAUGUAUCAAGCUUACAAUUUCAAGUAUCAUCAGUUUGGGCUACAAAGUUUGGAAUUUUGUUGGAAAAGUUCCCAGCUCCUACCACAGUGUCGAGGUAUGCCUCUUUGGAAGCGAGCAAACUGGCGGCGCAAAAUGAAAACCAAUUACCCACAGCAUUUUCUCUCAAGCAUCCGUUGGACGAAAUUUGUCCUCUGCUGCUGAAGCACGGUAGUCUCUCGUAUAUGUGCGAUUCGCAUCAGAAAAUAGUGUUUACAAGUUCUGAACCAUCGCUAGCUGUUGUCUAUGAUACCCGUACUGGCCUACAUUCAGUUUAUAAAAUCCGUAAGGCUUCGUCUGACGAGUGUCAUGUCGUUUGUGGCAAUGACACUACACCUAGUAUUAUUUUAAAUCACUCUGCAACUGGCUCACCUCUUAAUAUCGGUAGCAAUCUUUCUACCAACAGAAGCUCUACUAGCAAGGCUCACGUCAGUAUUUUUGGUAUUCCUAACUUGCAAUCAAGUGGGAUUGGUAUGGGUAUUAGUUUGGCGGGUGGCGGAGUAACAGCCACAAGCCCUUUUGCAUCUCGUGCGGCGUCAUAUACGACAGGCUCUGUCAGCGGGGCAUCGCCUUCGCAGCAGCAACAUUCAAGAUCUCAGAGUCCGAUGGCUGCUAUUUCAAGAUCUGAAUCUCCCACGACUUUCUCUCCGUUAUUGGGAGGCCCCAGCAGCUCUAUAGCUCAUCAAACUAGAUUACAUCACACAGUGAUGGCAACGAUUUUGGGGCAGUCGCCGAAUAGUCCGAGUAGUCCUUGCAGUAGCUUACAUCUUCAAGAUCCCAUGGCCAGUCCUAGUAGGCCUCUGUAUCCUGAACUUUGCCUGGAUCACGUAUGGACAGAAAAUGUUGGAGUUUCGAAGGAUGUCAUAUCUGGACCUGCAUCGAAGGUUUUAUUGACAUCGGAUCUUGUCGGUCAAAGUUAUUUGGGAUAUUUAGUACCGAAUAGAUCUCAACUGUUUUUGGUACGACUUGAGAAGUCAAACAAACAGCAACAAAUUAUUUUCGGAAUGGUUACCAGUAUAGUUGCAAAAGAUGCUGUCAGUUUGCCGAAACUUCACAUGAUUGUGACGGUAGAUUUGUCCAAUGGAGUCGCACUUUAUUCCGGAGUGACCUGCGUAGGCAAGGUUCAUAUUGCUGGAGUUUUGUCUCCUCUGGCAAGUUCCAACUACUAUCUUCCAAAUUUUGCCCAAAAACUUGGUAGCUCUCCAUUUCCACGCAGAAGUUCAUUGAUCAAGCCAAAUUGCCCAAUGUCACAUGAAUUAGCUAAAUUCGACGAAGGUUUACAUUUGCUCAGUCCAGUUACCAGCACGGCCUCAAGAUUGCCUGUUAUGCUAGAAAACUCAAUGCUAGACGCGAGUUUACUUGCUCUCAAAGAGGCGGUAUGCAACACAGUUACUCUGGAAUACGAAAGUGGAAAAUUCUUCAGAAUUUCUUUGCCGGAGGCCAGCACAUCUUCUCUAGUUACAACAUGCUUAUCAACUCUUCGCAGCGUACUGCAGCGAGAUCUGGCAAUGCAAUUAUUGGUAAAGUGGUACGGCGCUCGAAACGCGCCUGGGCCUCAAGACUUCGGACCGACGCAAGAAUGGAAUCUGUUUGUGGUAGUCCUACUCACGCUUUUAGGGUACGACGUGGACAAAGUUCCGCUUGUUCAAAGCGAUUGCGACAAUGAUCAGCCAACGGGUCACAAUAGCCCUAGCGUUCUUCCAAAGAAACAGAAAACUAAUGAUUCUGGAUCAAAUGACGACUGGCUUUACCUUAUGAAGUCUACGGAGCAGAAAAACUCUCAAGAAUUCGUCUUUGAUACCCUUGGUCUUGCCAAAAUGAGAGUUAUCUCAAAAUCGAUGGAUGACCAAAGGUGUAGAAAUACUGCUUCAAACACCCCAGCAAAAAUCAAUUCGCAAGCUAUUCUUUUUCCUUACCUCCCAUUGGUCCUAUUUUCUCUUCACUUAGUCUAUGAAGAUCUCAAAUUAAAUUUGACUAUGUCAGAUAGUCUGCCUCUGCUGGUUCGUUUUUUACACCAGUUGAGUACUGACCUCAAUUUCAGCGCGUUCUCACAUCAUUAUUUCAUUGAUUUUCCGAACAUUUGUCUGCUGAAUAAUAGUAAAUCUCAAAUCGGUAUGUCAGAUCUUCAGAAGAUCACUCCUCCUAACUACAUGCCGAUGAAUCCACCAAAUAUAUUCAAAACCUUGAGUCAGUUAUUAAUCAGAAGAGAUAUAGAUCCUUUUCCUUACUUGAGUCAAGUUAAUGUACGCACGAAGAAUAUAAUUCAAUUGACAGCGUUAAUAACAUACGGGAAAGAAAAUUCUGGUUUACAACUUGAACAGUUUACCAAACUAGUUGUACCAGCUGGAAGUCGUAUUGACCCUCAAGAUCUUGCUAGUAGGCAAGAGAAAGAAACACCACGAAGCUCCAAUUAUCUUGGGCCAGAGAAGGCGGUUCUGCUGUAUCAUGAAAUGGGCAUGAGCUGUAAAGAUCUUGAAAUCCUUCCACCCGGAGUUUCGUUACUUUUGAAUGAAGCUAUGCACCAAUGUAGGGCAAGACCACCGUCUGACUGGCCAACGUCCGUGUACGCAUUGAUUGAUCGUCAAGAUUUGGCGGCAUUGGAACGACAUUCGUUGCCUUUGAAUGUUGACUGUCACAUGAAUACGGGUAAAAGUUGUAUAGUUAAAGAUCCGGAGCAGGAUGACGGGAUGGAGUUUGACGACACUGUUCUUAAACUGAGGUUCAGCAAAGAUCACAGGGUUGCUGAGGUGAGAAGGCUGUUGAAUUCUUCAAAGCCAGUAAGAAUCGCAAUUGCUCAGCGCCCAGAUGUAAGUGAUCAUGAUUUUAUCGAAGAACAGGAAAGGCAUUUACAUGCUUUGUGUACCAGAACUAUGGCGCUUCCUGUUGCCAGAGGCAUGUUUACGCUGAGAACCUCAACACCGAUCAUUACCGAACAGCUUCCGGUGCCUCGUCUCUGUCUUACAGGUAAGGCUCCUCCACGUGGUACAUCAAUUGAGCUAGCGCAUAUAGACGUACCGCCGAAUAUGAAUUUGUGGCCACUUUUCCACAACGGAGUUGCAGCGGGACUCCGGAUUCACCCCAAUGCGUCAAACAUUGACUCCACUUGGAUAGUUUACAAUAAACCACAGCAAAGUGAAUUUGGUAUUGAGCAUGCUGGUUUCCUUAUGGCGCUAGGGCUGAACGGUCAUCUUAAAAAUCUGGCUCCCUUCAAUAUGUACGAAUAUUUAGUUGAGUGCCACGAAACAACCAGCGUAGGCCUUUUACUUGGCUUAUCUGCAUCCCACAGAGCCACCAUGGACGUUUCCAUGACAAAGCUUUUAUCUUUACACGUUGAAACUUUGCUACCACCUACUAGCAUCGAACUUAACGUGCAACAGAAUAUUCAAGUCGCCGCACUAAUGGGCGUUGGUCUUGUGUAUCAGGGAACAGCUCACAAACAUAUUUCUCAUGCACUGUUAUCAGAGAUUGGAAGACCUCCCGGUCCAGAGAUGAAAAAUUGCGUUGAUCGCGAGUCUUAUUCAUUAGCUGCAGGGUUGGCCUUGGGUUUAGUUGUCUUAGGAUGCGGAGGGGGGUCGGAUUUGUCCAGUAUUCCUGACACUCUACACUACUACAUGCUCGGAGGAAAUGUGAGGCCUCUGACUGGUGCGCAGAAGGACAAAUACAAAUCGCCCAGUUAUCAGAUCCGGGAGGGGGAUUCUAUCAACAUAGAUGUUACUAGUCAGGGUGCAACGGUGGCGCUGGGCUUGAUGUAUUUCAACACGGGAAAUCGGGCUGUUGCACGAUGGAUGCAAGCUCCAGAGACGCAGUUUCUCUUGGAUUUUGUUAGACCGGAUCUACUUCUGCUGAGAAUACUCGCCAAGUCGCUUAUUCUAUGGGAUGAAAUUCAGCCAACCACCUCUUGGGUAUCUAGUCAUGUACCAGAGAUCGUUUAUCAGUACAGGUUGCAGAAACCAACACCAGAAAUCAUGCAAACCGUGGAUUUGGAGACCAUGAACCAAGCGUACUGCAACAUUAUCGCAGGCGCCUGUUUGGCAUUAGGUUUGAAAUAUGCAGGAUCAGCGAACAGGAAUGCUUUCAAGACGCUGUAUAAUUACGCACAAAUAUUUACAGCGCUUUCGCAUAAAUCAAUUGCCGAACUAGCUGGGAAAUCAACAAUUGAAACUUGUUUAAAUGUCAUAUUGUUAGCUGCUGCGACUGUGAUGGCUGGUACAGGAGACCUCCAGAUUCUCAGGAUAUGUCGAUAUAUACGAACUCGGGUUGGUCCUGCAAGCAGUGUCGUCACGUACGGCUCGCAUUUAGCAACCCACAUGGCUCUUGGACUGUUGUUCUUAGGUGGUGGCAGAUACACUCUCUCUAACAGCCCAAGUGCCAUUGCUGCGCUUCUCAUCGCUCUUUUUCCAAAGUUUCCGACGCACAGCAAUGACAACAGGUAUCAUUUGCAAGCAUUGCGCCAUUUGUAUGUAUUGGCCGCUGAACCACGUCUGCUUCUACCGAGAGACAUAGACACGGGUCGUUUAUGUUAUGCGACUGUACAUUUAACUUUUCAAUCGGACAAUCUGGCCAGUGGUCAAGAGGUUAUGCUAAGGGCUCCGUGUUUGUUACCAGAAUUGAAUAGUCUGAAAAGAGUAGAGCUGAGGGAUGAUAGAUAUUGGAAUGUGGUGUUCGAAAAAGGACAGAAUUGGGAGCGUUUAAUGAAUAUGUUGGAGAGGUGUGACUUCGUUGACGUUAAGCAGAGAGCCGGAUGUCUGUCUUACCAGGAAGAUCCACAUGGAUUUAGAAGCCUAGUAGCAAAAACAUUGACGACUGAAAAUGUUAUCGCUUGGGCUGCAAAACCGGAGAACAUAACGUCAUUUACAAACGAUAAGACUGUACUGAAUAUAGUGAAAAAUUUUUUGCAAGGACUGACUAAGCAUAAGACAAAAAGAAUUUCGAGACAUUCUGAAACUGGUAGAAACUCUAGCAAAAUAAAUUCCAGUUCUUUAGCGCAGACCUCGGGAAGACUGUCCGGUUAUUCGGAGGAUUUGGACGAAAAAAUGGAAGUCACAGAAUCGUCUCACACUUCGAAAAAUCUUUCGGAAAGGUUACCAAAUGACCAUAAAAAUUCUGAAUUUAACAUCUCCGAGCGGCAUUUACUCCAAACUUUUGCAAUAGUUGCGUAUGAAUGCGUGGUCAAAGAUAAAAUAAGUCUGCUGCCGCUUUGGGUAAAUUUGCUUAAAAGUUUAGACGUCAUUGGGAGACAACCCAAUAGCUAUUUGGUUUGGCAAAUAAAACUGAUUGCCAUUCAAGUAUUAGAGAGAUCGAAAAAUGAAGGAAGAAACUUGUUGCUAAGCUCUGAAAGUGCUUUGGCAAUUAAACAGAAGACGGCCCUAAUUAUGGAUAGUUGGGAACCUGAUUUAAAGCCGCUGUUGAAGGAAUAUUUAACUAACGGAAUUGUCGAAGCAAACUCCGAAAUGCUAGCGAGGCUUACCGCGUAUUUAACAUUUUACGACCUGCCUUAUCGAAUAAAUAAUCGAUCUGCCGGUGAUGUUUCAAUGUUCGAUUUACUUCUAGACCCAUCAAAUACCCAAUUACCAGCCAGUACAUUGCACAAGUUACACAAUCUGCUAAGGAUAGCAUAGGAUGUCGGUCUCUGUAUCUUUGAGCAUUUUUUGAAUAAUUUCUGGUACACAUAUCUUCUCUCGACAAAAUGCGUUUUAAAUCAGUAUCAGCGGAGGGUGAAUUAUUGUCAGAGUUCUCUGUUUAUUAAUUAAGUAGUAAAAUACAGCAAUCUACAUGGAAGUAGGUAAAGUACGAAAUAUAAAUAUAAAUAUAAAUAUAAUUUAACUUUGCACAAGGAUCUUACAUUACUAUACAAGUUUCGUCGUUGACUACUUAUAAUACAAUGCACGUUGAAAUGUAUUGUAAUAUAAAAAAGUAUUCUCUUUCACAACCGAACAAACUAGGGGAGUUCUCCUGUUCUGUUUUCUUUUUUAAAACUAAAAUUACAUUCAGCCUUUAGAUACUUUUGUUAAAGAAUGGAGAUGAUAAGCAUGGGUAAAAGAAUGUCGAAGAUCAAGUCCAUGUGUGUGAAUUUCCAAACAAUAACUUAGUUA